AGCCGAUUUACGCGUACGCACCACAAACGCCCGUCGUUUGCCCGUCUUUUUGGCCUGUGCUGUCACUCUUUGCAGGGCAUCAACGAAAACCAAGCAUUCAUUUUCUUUCAUUUCUUCUGUAUCGCAGCUUCACAACACAUUCGGCAUGCUGCGGAAGUUUGUAUUUAACGGGGCCCGGCAUCACGGCGGCAAGCUGGGCCUGCUGUUCCUUCUGCUUGGUAUCGCGAUGCUGUGCCUGCUGCCCAUCCUCCAGUCUCGUGUCGCCAAGGUCGAUGAGAACGCCGUGGGCCACAUGUACCCGCAGUUCACCUUCGGACCCAUUGACCAAUACCUGGACCCCGCUGUAUCCCAACCGCAGCGGCUGGUGCGGGGCCGGCGCUCACCCGGCUCGGAAAUUGUCGCCGUGUACGUGAACACCGACUACGCCGCUGCCACGGCUAUUGCCAACGCGCUCAUCGAAGUUCUUCGCACCAAGGACAACCUCGCCUGCGACGUGCAAUUCUACUUUGUGAACAGCACGGAGGAGUGGCCGAUUCCGCAUUCCUACACACGCGCGGCCAUCGUGCUGAACAUGUCCUCCAUGUACAGCAAGUAUUUGUGCUAUGACACGUUGGGAAGCAAUGGCAUCCAGCCGAAUCAGGACUUCCCCAACGCUGCCGUUCAGCAUGCGUCUCAUCGUAGCUUCAUUCCUAGUUACCUGUGCCAGAAGCCUGGCGGGCCACCGAGUAAGUUGCAACACCCGUUUUGGCACUACUGGUCGUACCUGGAGGCGUCAAUGCAGCUUGCCUCGCACCCGCAGCGGUGGCAUCAGAUACCGACGCACAGCAUCAACACUCUCACCAUUUCCACCAACCCCUACUACGGUGAGUCCACCGCAAGGCCAAACAGCGACGUCCCUCACAAUCUGGUCGACCUCGUCCUUUUGAUAAUUAUCUCCCUCAACGGCCUAGAGGAGAAAUUCCACCACUCCACCUUUGUGUGGCUGCCUGUGUCGUUGCGGCGGUACGUGGAGUACGACGCCGCACAGUUCUGCAUUGUCCUCUUUGUGGCAUCCAUCUUCUCCACGGCCUACGCGGAGUAUCAACUGCGAGGCAUCACCAUUACCCCCUUGUUUGUGGGCCUUCUCCUCACCUCAGCCGGUGCGUCCGCCGCCUUUCACGCCGCGCAGUGGCCCGGUGUAGCGGUGGCGUCUCUUCUCUUCGCUGGCGUGCUGCGCGUUGUCAUGCCGCACACGACGAGCGGAAUGUGGCUGAGCUUCAACGCGAUUGCGCUGUGCUUGCUGAUUAUCCUCCAGCCCGAGUGCGGCCUCGUUGCGGGCUGCGCUGCUGCUAUUCAGGUCUCUUUUAUCCACCCAGCUCUUCGCAAUCGCUUUGCGAUGGCGAUGGGCACCGCUGUUGCGUGGGUACUGUGCUACUACUUUGUGUGCCAUCUGCACAUGCCGCUGUUGGGAUUGGCCAGCAUUAGUGAGUUGUUUGUUAGCUUUGUUGUGUACCCCAACGCCGUGUGGAUCACAAGCCGCUUCCUGUGCACUGUGCUUUAG